UCUCGACUCGCUCAUUUGGAAUCCACCGGGGUUAUGGCGCUGACCUUCGCCAUGGUUGAGCCGCAGCGGCUGGUCUUCGCGCUCUUCUGCCUGCUGGUUCCUGUGUUCAUGGCCUACAAUGGCGGCGCUACCGCAGCGACGGUGGACACCAUCCAGCGGGAAGAACAGUGGAGCCCUGCGGGCAUCGGGCUGCUGGGAGCUAUGGACAAGCUCGGAAUGACGAUUGCCGCAGCAUUCUGGGGCUAUAUGCUACAGCGCUGUGACGCCAAGACCUUACUCUGCACAGGCCUGCUGACCAACGCGGGCUCCACCAUGGCCUUCGGCACCUUGCGGAAUCCCGUGGCCAUGACCGUGGCCAAGCUGCUGAUCGGCUUCACGGAGAGCCUCCAGUGGGUCUGGGCGCCUCUCUGGAUCGGUCAGUGGGCCCCGCCUGCCUUGCUGCCUAUCUGGAUGAACCUGUCAGGCGGCGGGGUGGCGUCGGGGAUUGGAAAUGGCUUGGGCACCAUCAUAGCUGGCUUCACUACGGCACAAGGCUAUUCGUACGAGCUGGCGUUCCAGAUCGAGGCAUCCGUGCUUUUUGCGCUCCUGGUGGCGUUGCUGGGAACCAGUGCCCAGCGGUUGAUCAUUCACAGUCCGUUGGUGAGCAGGUCAAAGAUGCGCGUAAAUCACCUCGCCCAUGAAAGCUUGGAAGAGCCCUUGGUCGACACGCAGCCGCGCGAGGCGGCGCAAUUGCAGGUGAUGAGCCAACUCAGAAAGCUCUGGGGAAAUCCUUUAUUUUGCCGAUGUGCGUUAGCGUAUGCCUCCGCAAACUUUGUGAACAGCGCUUUGCAGUUUUUGUGGGUCCGGAUCUUCAUGGAGCUCUGGCACCUGAACAAGGACUACUCGGUCGGCAGUUUCCUGAUGAUCUCGGCCUUUGCCGGUGCUCUGGGGAUCCUGGCGGCCAGCUGCCAGCGAGUAGAGCACGAUUACUUGGGAAAAGUCUCGACCUUGCGGUUCGUCCACCGGGCCUUCUCCGGCGCCGUGCUGGGCGCGCUGGUGGUGGGGGCGGGCAUCCUGCCGCAGCUCCAUCCGGCGCCGCGCCCCGACCUCCAGCUGAAGAGUCUGUUGCUCACCUGGCUGGGCCUGGGCAUGGUCUUUGUGGGGGUCACCGCGGUCCCCGGCUUGCUCCAGAUCAUGUGCAUCGAGUCCGUGGAGGAGCCUGAGCUCCGGAGCUUCGCCACGGGGCUGGCGCAGGGCGCCAACAACUUCCUGGGCUUCGCCAUGGGGCCUUUGAUUCCACAGUUGGUCAUGGACAUCCUACAGAUCCACCUGGGCUGGGGCCUUCAGAAGGCUUUGGCCUUGGCACUCUUCACUGCCUUGUUGGGCACCUGCAUGGGCGCUGUGAGCACCACCCUAGCUGUGGCGGCCAUCGGGCGAUGCUCCGAGUGCGACUUCGAGACCGACUGCGCCAUCAGCACCAUCAGCCACGUGUCCUCCGCGGAGACGGAGUCGUUUUCCAGCCAGACGGUGGACCGAUCUGUGCUUUAAAUCGGGGUCGUACCUGGAUUUCCCCUCAAGAGGA